AUGGAUAUAAUCCCACCUUCUGAGAAGGAAGCCUUAGGCACGCCGUGGAAUCCCACUCCCUGUAUUGGCACGUCUUUCAGUUAUCCUAACUGGGACGUGCAGAACGUUACUCAUGAGAAGGGCGAUGAUGGGACGAUUUUGAGUUUCAGCUUGAGCAACCAUGCUAACAAUCAGACGGUGGCGUGUAUCACUAAAGGGGGAUAUUGGUCUACCUGCGAUGGUAGUUCAACGGAAGUAAGGUUCACUGAAGAGACGAGUCAGCUCUCGAUUAACCAAACAUGGAUUUGCAACGGAGGAGAAAAGUAUCCAAAAGACGUUACAUUUCGAGCAUUUGGCACUGCAUCCAUCGACAUCAAAUCUGACAAGCCAACCUACAUUAAAGGGUCACUAACCGAGCCAAUCGAACUAAGUCCAAACGUCGCCCCCGAAGGCGUAAACCACCCCGGCUGCCUCGAAACUUCCGAGGCGCCUACUUGGAUAGUGACUUCUUGGCUAUGGAACGAGAGAUGGCGCAACGGAUACAACGCCGGGGACCUAACGGCGACCUUCCACAACCCCUCGACAGGCUUCAACCUAACAUGCACCGGCGACGGCGAAGAACUCAACCGCGACGGACGAUACGGCUACGAGCGCUGGUGGGGCUGCGCCCUAUCACGUUCGCCCUUCGACGACUACCGCAUCAUCUCCAUGAUCAAGCUAAACCCGCUGACAGGCGUCUUCUCAAUAGACCAGAGAUGGUACUGCAACGGGAACAACGACAGCCCCCCGGCCAAGUUCCGCGCAGUCGGAGACGUAGACACGAGCCUAGAGUGCUCGUGGAACAACAACACCGCAACUAACACCUCCAUCCGAACCUGCCACCAAACCCAGCUCCCCCUAACCGUCCACGGUGCCGUGACCGAGCGCACCAACUUAGCUCCAGACGUCUUCUUCGAGCUCGCCCCCUCGGGGUACAGCUGCACGAUAGCCUCCGCGCUCUCGACGCAAUGGCAGAUGGGGUUUUCCUCGGACGCGCUGUACGCGGCGCCUACAUUCGGGGACUCGUUAAAAACGACCGUGCGGUUCGGCAUCCAGUUCAUAGCGAUUGACGGGUACCAAUCCGUCAAGUACGAGGGUUUGGAGACGACCCCGUAUCUACCUACGAGCGAUCCCGCGCGCUGGUACGAGUGCAAGGAUUAUGUUGCGGGGGACCAGUCGUCUGGUGCGUGGGCGCGCCAGUCCCUGGAUUGCAAGUGGCAGCUCGAUCUCGCGACGGGGUAUAUUGCGAUUAACCACACGUGGUUCUGCGAUGACAAGGACCCUGAGAAUCCGUAA